AUGGACAGCUUCGCCAUUCUGCUAUGGUUGAUAUUUCUAGCAGUGCCACCGAUUCAUGAGCGACGAACCAUACCGCCUCCUGCGACCUUCUUUCGGCGACGCAUCAACCGUCCAUCAUGUCGACAAAACAGUGGUCAGAAGCAUAAACUCGAGAAGUAUUCCGCGCUCGUGACUGGAAGCGCGAUCGACGCGCCAUUUUCAGCCAUCUGCCUCAUUUGCAGUAAUCAGCUCAAUCGUGUGAGAAGCAGUCACCAUGACGCCGUGACGAGUCACUCGUCACAACACCAGCCCGCUCAUAGCUCGUACGUCGUCGCACUCUGGAAACCGGCUGGCACUACCACACCGGCACUGGCGAGCGAAGAGGGCCCUGGGGCCGUCACUAUCUGCCAUGGAUACAAGAUUGAAUAA